UGGUGUUUUCCUUACCAUUAUUUAUACUUGAAAUAAUUUACAUUACAUUGUUUAUUUUCUGUUGUCCAUUGCUAUAAAAACAAGCUCAGUAACUCAGUGAUGUAUUUUUGAUUUGGGCAGAUAAGCUCCUCCCCCCACAUGUUCACCAGUAGUGAAACUCCUCCCACUGUAAUCACAUCAUCGGUGAAGCUCCUCCCACUGCAGUUCACCAAUAAAUGCUGGAAUAUUCCCUUCAGUUCACAAGUGAAGACGACCAUCAAAUCAUCAGGAAGAGCUGAAGAGACUGAGUUUAUUAAAGAGGACAGAGAGAAGAUGAGAGAUCCAGAACACACUGAAGAUACUGAACAACAAACAGAGCUAAUGGAAGAGAACAAGGAGAGUGAAGAACUGAAUGAAGUGGAGGAGAAACAUCAUGACAAACCUGGAGAAAAACCUAUGAGUCGCUCAAAGAAAAUACAAGCCAAGAAAUCUACAACCUGCACUCAGUGUGGGAAGAGUUUCACAUGUAAACAUAGUCUUGUGCUUCACAUAAGGAUCCACACCGUUGAGAAACCGUUCACAUGUGAUCAGUGCGGAAGAGCUUCACACAAAAUAAACCCCUUAAGAGACACAUGAAGAUCCACACUGGAGAAAAGCCACAUGUAUGCGAUCAGUGUGGAAGGAGCUUCUCAAGGAAAUAUCAUCUUGAUGUUCACAUGAGUUCAUACUGGAGAGAAAUCAUUCACAUGUGAUCAGUGCGGGAAGAGUUUCAAGCAAUCAUCACAACUUAAUGUUCACAGGAGA